UGAAUGCCAGAAGAAGAGUAGCCCUUCCGCAUCCCCCUGUUCACUGACCUGAGAGCAGUUAAAGUGUCUCCGAUUACCGUUUGUGGUUCGACGAACUGAUCUGGGAGCAGCACAGUGAACGCGAUGUUCCUGUUUCGCACUCGACACAUUUCAUAAACCGGCGAGCGGUCAACAUGUCGCUGAGUGUUGUUCGUCAUGUCCGUGUUGGCUGCAGGCUGCUUGUCGGGGACACGAAAUUCCUACAAAGUCUCCGAUUUCAUCGCACUUUCCUUCCGAGAGACUUCCGACUGACACACAAGCUCUCAGCGUUCAGGAUCUGGAGUGUCUGCUGCCUGCAUCACUCCUGCAGAGCAACACAAUGUCAACAUCAGCAGAGCUCCACAAGGUUUUCCACACUUCCUCCACCUCCUCCACCACAGGACCAACCUAAGAAGUCUGGGCCCGUGACAUGGAAAUCUUUAGCCAUAACCUUCGCCAUUGGGGGAGCGCUGCUUGGCGGGAUGAAGUAUUUCAAGAGCGAGAAGGAAGAAAUGAUGGAAAAAGAGAGGAACAAGUCCAUAGGCCGUCCAGCGCUGGGUGGACCCUUCUCCCUGGUGGACCACAAGAAGAAGGAGGUGACGAGUGACGACUUCCUGGGUCAAUGGGUCCUCAUCUACUUUGGCUUCACUCACUGUCCUGACAUCUGCCCUGACGAGCUGGAGAAAAUGAUUGAGGUGGUGGAGGAACUUGACAAAAUCAAGUCUUUACCCAAACUGACACCCAUCCUCAUCACCAUCGACCCUGACAGGGACACACCAGAGGCCAUGGCGACGUAUGUUAAAGAGUUUUCACCAAAGCUGAUUGGUCUAACGGGGUCCACCGCUCAAUUGGAGCAGGUGUCCAGAUCCUACAGAGUUUACUACAGCCAAGGACCCAAAGACGAAGACAACGACUACAUUGUGGACCACACCAUCAUCAUGUACCUGGUUGGACCUGAUGGACAGUUUGUGGACUAUUAUGGUCAGAACAAAAGAAACGUGGAGAUUUCCAACUCCAUCGCAGCUCACAUGAGAAAAUACAAAAAACAAAAAUUAUGAUUGAAAGUUAUGAAGACCUUUUUGUCCUGCUGUGUAACUGCUCAGGUGUUGUCCUCACGAGGGCAGUAAAGAAUAGACGGACACAA